GUCAAUGCUGUCAGAAAACCAAGAGUGUUAGAAUUAGGGUUGAAUAAUUUUAAAGAAGACAUCGAAUUUAUGGAAAAAUUAAUUUUCAAAAUUCAUUUAUUGUGAAUAACUUCUCCUAAUUUCUACUAAAAUACACUAUAUUAAUGUUAUUGAAGUUUUUAUAUCUCGGAAAAAUAUUGAAAGCUUGAAUAUCAAAGAUGUGCUACUUCCUGUUAUGAUUGGCUUGCGUUUACCUCUCUUAAAAGCCACAAAAACCUUGACUAAAUUGACACAUUCUUUCUUAAAUGUCGAGAGUGUAAUCAAUCUCAAGAAACUCAUUUAUGUCCUUUUCUAAAUAAAUGAAACAAGAGGAAACAAAAAUUGGGAGGUAAAACCGAUGCAAGAACGGAUCACGCCCGUUGUCAGUUGUUAUCAUUUGGCAUGUUGACAAGGCAAACUAAAAAUAUUUAAUGAUAAACGUUUGUUUAUGUGUAAAUAAAUGUUUAGUGGUCAAUUUCGAACGUCUUAGGGAUUUUCGAAUUCCUGAAUAAAGAUGCAGUCACAGCUUGAAGCAGCAUUAUUAGGUCAAACUUCUCAAAGCAAUAACCAAGAUGUGGAUGAAAACAAAGACAAUAAUUCUCAAGGAAAAGAAAAUGAAGAGACGGAAGAAAUUGAGAAGUCGGGAAUGAGAGUAAAUGGUCGAAUUAAGUCACCUUCAAUACAGACGGACAAGGAAAGUGUAGAAGCUGCAAAAAUUCAGCCUAUAAAACCACCGGCGCCGCCAGUUUUUGGCAGGGAGUCUAAUAACAGGACAGUAACACUGCAGAAUUUACUUUCUGCAGGUAUUUUGCAGCCCGGUCCUGGGGCUAUGACAAUAGAGUAUUUGGGUCAAAAAUUCGUUGGUGAUCUUCUUGAAGACGGAAAAAUCCGUAGUCAAGAAACGAAUACGGUUUUUGCUUCGCCCAGUGCUUGGGCAAUAGCUUGUAAGAGGUUCAUUAAUCCCGAUAAAAAAUCCGGUUGCGGUUGGGCUUCUGUGAAAUAUAGAGGGAAAAAAUUGGAUGCUUUCAAGAACGUGUGGUACAAAAAGAAGAAAGAAGAAGACGAAAAACAGGAAAAGCUAAUGAAAGAGAAAGAAGCCGCUAAUAUGGAACAGUUACUGCAAAGAAGCAUGAUGAAUUCCAUGAUGUAUCAACGAAUGGUAUUGAAGCACAAUACCAUCACAAAUAGAACAAUUACACACGACACAAAUACAAUGAUAGAAUGCGUGCCAUUUUCGAACUUAGGAAAAUUACAACCCUUCUUAAUCACCAUGACAACAAAUUCGGCGUUUCUAAUGGAUUUUCAUUGUCAUUUAACAAAAUCUGAAGUGUCCGGUUACCUGGCCGGCAGUUGGGAACCCAGUACCCAAAAUUUAUAUGUGAAACGAGCGUUUCCUUGUCGAUGCACGAAAAAAGACAGGACGAAUUCUCGGUACGUGGAAACCGAAAUAAAAAGAACGAUGGAAAGAGAAAAACUUUCGUUGGUAGGAUGGUAUCAUUCUCAUCCCACCGCCGCAGCAGCACCGACAUUACGAGACAUCGACGCUCAACUAGAGUACCAAAUUAAAAUGAAAGGUGUUAAAGAUAACAGUUAUACACCUUGCAUAGGAGUUAUAAUAUCUCCAUAUAAUUACGAUACCCCAUCAUUGGAAUCGAGUAUAGUAGCCUAUUGGGUCGUACCGCCUCCAGAAUCCAAACCGAACGAAUACGGUCGACCGAUGCUUAUGUCAUACAGUGUGAUUCAAGAUUCGGUUGUUUCUCCUCAUAUAAAAGACGAAAUGAAAAAGUGCAUCGAAUAUUAUAAAAAAGAGACUGACUAUAUAAAUUUUACAGACGUUUAUAUGGGAACGACGUGCUACGUUGACAAAUUAAGGACUACUCUAAUGUCUAAAUUCCCUCGAGAAGAAUCAGAAACUUCUCUUUGGAAAUUUAUAAAAGAACUUUUAGGUUUACCCGUGGAAGAAAAAGAACCUUUGAUAAGUAUACCGACCGUAUCGAAACCUAGCCAGUUUUUCCAUACUUUCACACCCCCACCGUCUAAUUACAUGUUACCUUCCGAUAUAUCGAGUAUGUUGUAUAAUUCCGGCAAGUUUCCCACCGCCACGAGUCUACUAGGUCUACCGGAUCCGAUGGCGCAUAGUACGCUAGCGGCUAACAAUAUGUUUUUACAAAGUAAUUAUUUUAAAAUGCAAGAUAUGUUUAAAUCGUUUUCGUCCGAAGCUCAUCUACCUCCACCGCCAGUUCCUCCACCUCAAAGAAUGAGAAGCGACAAGGCGCAUCCGACUAGCAGCGCCACUUUGGGAGCCCCGUCGACUUCUUCGCCGAAACUACCAUCCGAAACUAGAACGAAAAAGAAUCACUACCACAAAUCAAAACGGGAAUAUCCCCAACAUGAAUUCACCAUGCCCAAGAUACCCAAAGAAGGAUUUUCGAUGACUGAUUACAUAUCUUCGUUGGGAAAGGCUACGGUGACGAAACCGGAGUUUUUAAUGCCCGAUUUGAGUAGUAUAAACAAACAUCUGAACGAAUUUAGUUUAAGUAUGGGUAGGAAAAAAGAUUACGGCGAAAAACCGUCUAAAAUACCGAAAUUGAAUUAUUCCAGCGGUACGCUAGAUUUGAGUUUUACGAAAAAACCUCCUACCUCUUCAUUUAUUUCGGACGUACCGACAGAUCUUACCGUCAGUACGAGCAAAAGGGUGAAUGAAGGUGAAAGUAAACCGUUGAAUCUAAGCGCGGGGUAGUUAGUAGGAUAUAAGACGAUUGUUUUCAGGUUUAAAUGCUCUAAGACGGUUGAGUGUGUUAUUGACAGAUGACGGCCUUUUUUCUGGUUUUAAUGAGAUCUGGUGGGGUAUAGGAAAUGAUGGUUGAACAGACGAUAGCGAACGGUUAGAUAAAAUAUUGUAAAAAAUAAAUACGGAAACCGAUAAGUAAAUAUAUUUUUUAGUAACAUCCCUUUAAUAAUGAGAUAAGUUCGGUGUAUUCAAAUCUAGUAACGGAUAUUUAUACUGUGAAGCGGAGGGGAAAUCUCUAUCUACUAGUGUGCAGCUGGAAUACACUAAAACCCACUCUACUCAUAUCUCCUGUAAACUUGCACUCCCUCGCAGUAUCCGCCGUCAGGCAUUACUUUCUAGCAGAGGCAUUAGCUGAUUUGCUUUUGAUAGUUUCCUCACGUCUUCCAAAUGAUGCUGAUUAAUCUGAGGUUCAGGAUUCUUCUUGUUCCCUUACUUCAUUGUCUUCUAGUGCAUCAUUCGGUCGUUUUCUUCUUUCGACAUCUUCCGAUCAUACUUAAAACAGUUACUGUAACAUUUUUUGAAACAAUGAUAACUACCAUCUUAAAUUAUUUCCAGUUAUACAGGAUGUCUCAAAAGCAGUUAAACCAAUCAAAUAUAUAAUUUUUUUUAAUGAAUCGUUCUAUAUUUAAUUCAUGCUUCCCCCAAUCGUUGCUGGUUAAUUUUGGGAUCAGGAUGAUAAGUUGUACUUUGUUUUCUUUUUCUCACUUCUUCUUCCUACUGCAUCAUCUGGUCGUCUUCUUUUUUCAAUAUCUUCCGGUUAUACUUAUACAGAGUGAGUGUAUUUAUACGGUCUCUAAUGGGCGACUGGUGACAUUUUUUGAAACACCAAUUAUAACUACCAUCUUAAAUUGUUUCCAGUCAUACAGGUUGUUUCAAAAGUAGUUAGACGAACCAAAUAUACGAUUUUUUUAAAUGGAAUGUUCUAUAUUUGAUUCCAUUAUUGAAAAAAAGUUUUAUAGUUCUUGAAGUAUUCAAUUUUUUUGGUGAAAUGAAAGUUAUUUGAUAGGGGGUAUGAAAUAGCCUCUCUACCCAUUUUUUUCUCUUAUAUUGUCAUGCAGUUCCAUGUGGUUUAUCCUUUGGGAUGACGGGACUAAUGUAAAAUGAUCUAUAUCAAAUGUUCACUCAUUUUACUAUCUAAAUUAUUAAUUUAAUAGGUUAUACGUGUACAUUUUGUUUUCUACAACUUAUCAUGCUCUUGCUUCUCCUCUUUUAUAUAAAGCUAUCAUAUAGAUGUAUAUUCCUAAUAUUUUAUAUGGUCUUCUCAUGAAUACUAGAAUCUUCAGGUCAGGAAUUUCUACUACUUCUAUGUGUAUUUUGCGUUCUUCUAACUAUUCGAGUUUAUCUUGUAUAAUACUAACACUAACAGGUGUUUCUUCAUUUAUUGAGCUACUUAGAGACUUUGGUAAUGUUCACGAAAUACCAUUAUUGGUGGUAAAAAAUUAUUCGAUUCAACAAGUAGCUGAUUGUAUUCCCAGUUCAUUACUUGUUUCAGAAUUAACUUUUUUGGUAAUUAUUUUUCUGGGCUUCUGUACAGUGGUAGUUUCAGUCUCAUCGAAUUUUAAGUUGUUUGUGCCAUUCCAAACCUACAUUUUUAUUAUCGUGCUAAAAUUCUGGAAGUUCCAUAUUAGCUACUACCAGUUCGUAUGCCCGAACACCUUUUUUGAUUUACCAUAGCUACUUUAGUACACUGGAUUUCAUAUUCAGCUACGCUAUUUUCUUGAACCUUGAACUAUAAUUUUUAGUGAACUUCAUCUCCAAAGUUUUUCCUUUCUUAAACGUAUAUAUACAGUGUUGGAAAUUUAACCCCAGUUCUUUCUGCUACUUUUUUAGUAAGUUUUUCUUCGAUUACUAAAUUCUAUUGGAGUUUCAUUGUAAAAAUUUUCAUUCGACAAUGAAACUUUUCCCUACAUUUACCACCAAGGUUAGGUUAAAUAAUUGAAUAGUUUAAAUUAAUGAGAUGAUAAAUUAAUCAUUAGAAGACAAUUUAUCGUUUAGAAAAAAAAUACCCCAUACAGAACGAGGCAUUUAAGUAUCCGGUGCUACUUGUUAAAUGGAUGUUAUUCCGAUCACCAUUUUUUCUAUCAGCCUAAUAUUGUUACUCCGAAUAGAAUUGGAAAAUCUAUUCGAAUAAAACCCAAACACGUUUAAUUGAAUUUACAAAUUGAGGAAAGUAUCGGUUUCCGUUUUAUAUAAAUUUUUCUCCCAGAGAAACGAAAGUUUAUUUUUGUAGAAAUGACUACUGCUUUUUUUUUAAAUAUAGUUGGGAGAUAAACGAAUUUCAGUCUCUUUAUCCACCAACUAAAGCGUUAAACUUGAAUUUUUAUUUACCUCUCUAUAAUACUAAAUGUUCUUUGAAAUUAAACAUCAGUAUUAGUAUCACAAACAAAAUUUUCGAGAGGAAACUGGCGUUGUAAAUAAGAUGAGUUUUCGACUUUUUUGAUAUUAUAUCUGUUUGAAUGGUAUUAUAAAUAAUAAAACCCAUUUCAAUUAUUAAAAAUUUGUAUGUAUUUGAUUAGGGUGAAUUAUACAAAGGUUUUCCUUGGUAUUAGAUCUGUUCAGAUGUUAUAAGAAAUAAUAUAAACACUUUAUUUUAUCAACAAUCACAUUUCUAGCCCUUUCUCCUCAUUUUUGUAUGUUAUUGUAGUGAAAUAUUUUGAUUAGUUGCUAUUCAAAACCCUUUUUUGGUAAAAAUCUUACACCUGCUACGUUAAUCCUUCACCUAACAUCUUCUAGUCCUUUCUCCUCGUUUUUUUUUCUUUUUCGUUGUAUUAAAAUAUUUUGGUUGUACUGAAGAUUAGUUACUAACCAAAUGUUUUUUGAUAUUAGAUCUGUUUAAAUUUUAUUAUAAAUAAUGAAAACCCCUUUUUUAUCAACAACCCCACUUUUGCUACAUUAAUACUUUACACAAUCUCUUCUACUCCUUUUUCCUCAUUGAUGUUGGUCACUGUAUUAAAAUCUUUUGAUUGGUUGCUAUCCAAAUGUUUUUUUCCACUAAAUCUAUUUAAUUAGUAUUAUAAGUAAUUAAAACCCUUUUUUGACAAAAAUCUUACACCUGUCAUGUUAAUCAUUCAGCUAACCUUUUCUAGUCCUUUUUCCUCGUUGUUGUUUGUCACUGUAUCAAAAUAUUUUGAAUAAUAAUUAAAAAAUCGUUUUUAAAACUGCCCUGUAUUUAUAAGGAAUAGUGCAAAGUGCUACUGGUAAUUAAAAAACUUUUGUAAUAAAAAAAGGUCGAGUCUACCUAUUCAAAGAAUUGUAUUUAACUUUUUGGACUAUCAGCUCUUUAAAUUAUUAUACAUAAUUCGGGUCCACCUUGUACGUUAUUAAUUAAUGUUUCGAGUGAUCAAUGGUACUUUAAUUUAUAUUUAUAUCGUACUUUUCUAAGUCCUAACAUUUUGUUACAUGCCACUUGAUGAAUAUGACAAGAAUAAUGGUACUAAUUUAUUAAAUUUUAUAUAUUCUUAUCGGUUCUUGUCAAUUGUGCAAAAUUUUGGAUUUAUCUAGUCGUGGGUAAAGUCAAGAGAUCCUGUUACAUGAUAUCUUGGUAUUGAUAUUGGCACUAAUUAAUUCAAUUAUCAAAUUCGGCACUUGUGUAAAUUGAAUCGAUAUGUGCAAAAUGUUAGGCUUUUGACAAAAAAAAUUGAACUGAAUUUUUGUUUAUUUGAGUUAUUGUUGAAAAAUUUUUGCAGUACAAGGGAGAAAAAGACUUGAUACAAAGCAACUUAAUGCAUGGCAAAAGAAAUUUGUAAACCUCUUCUUUCUUUCACAAUAGUUUUGUAGCCUUUUCAUUCUUCGAUAUCUUUUCUUAUCUUGAUUCUGGGUUGUCCCUCCACCUGUUUCGUGGUCGACCUCUACUCCUUAUCUGAUUAGAAAUCAGUAAACUUGAAUAUUUAUAGUACAUUGGUCUUUCUGCACCUUCGAAACUAUGUUGUAACCUAUUAUAUAUGGUACGGGGACUUUUUUAAAUUUCCUCUCUUUUAAUAAUAUUUUCCACAAAUUCUUCGUUCAUUGUUUUUUUUUAAUUAUUAACAAAAAACUAAAAAAAUAUUCACAAUUCCAAUAAAAAAGUUUUCAAUACAUUUUUCCAGACAUUAUUGCAGAUAAUCUGAUCUACAACACAAACUGUAAGUUGAGAACACAUCUUAUAAAUAAUAUAUUUUCUCUCAUAGUUGUCAAAAUUUAAUUAAUGAGUACCAUGUGAUGUACAGGUAUUUAGGUUGUGUGUACAGUGCCCAGUCUCCAUUAAUUUCGGUAUUUUAACUAUUUUUACUUAAAGCAGUUUUCAAGGGUAUUUAUUUUGUAUUAUAUUUUUAUAUGUUUGCCUUUUAAGGAUUCAACUUUUACUUAUAAACAAAUUGAAUUCAGUCUAUUGAUUUUUUAAAUCCUAUUGACUGCGCCAAUUGAUUUAUUCUCUUGUAAAAUAUUAAUAAUCUAAUUCACAUUUUAUUUAGAGGGUGUUGUUUAUAAAUAGUUUUUUGUGUGAAAUAAAAUUAUUUAUAACUUUUUUUUUAUAUUUAAAAAAGUUUGUAAUGGUGAAAAUAAUUCGAAUAAAUACCCUGAUAAUUUUAAAAUCCACUGUAUAGAGAUGUUUAUUAACUUAAUGUAUUAUAAUUUUUAUGUGAUAUUUUUAACUAUAUUUAUUAUUUUUUUUUAUUUUUACAGAGACUGAAUUUUAUGUGUUUGUACAUGUUUUAAUUUAUGUCACACAUUUUGUAAUAUGGCUUUUUUACCGAAUUUUUAUAGAUUGUAUAUAAAAUUGAAAAUACAUUUUUUAUU